UUGACAAGGAAUAGCUAGAUAGCCUGUUCGAAUGGGGAGAUUCAAGAUCCUUAUACUUUCAGUAGUAUUGUUCUUGACUCUGAUUACUGAUUCAGAGAGUCAAUGGCAGCCACCGGGCGUUGCUCCUCGACCACUCUGCGCCUCCCAGAUUACGCUUGCAAACUAUGCUUGUGCAACGUUGCCUUACGCCAAACUCCCGCCACCUCCGCCCCCAUCAUCAUCACUCUCUAAUAACCAAGAUAGCCAAGGCUCUCCUGUCCAUGGACACCAUCACGGACACCAUCACAGACACCACCAUAAGAUCCCUCUAACGCCAAUAGAGGAGAAUUGUUGCAAGUGGGUGCAGCAGGUGGAUAGUGAAUGUGUAUGCGAGCUGUUGUCCCGAUUGCCUGCUUUCUUAAAGAGGCCUAUACAUAACUUUUCCGUUACCAUCGGUGGCUCAUGUAAUGCUACAUACUGGUGCGGAGGAAUGAAAAUCUAAAGCAGCAUUCCUCUUGUCAUUCUUGAGUUCAAAGUGUGAUUCAGGCACAUCUAUCUUUCUUAGUGUUGGAUUUUCCUGUCUGUGCUGAAUGGAUGUUAUAUGAUUAUUAACUACUUGGGUUAAGAACUCUUCAUCUUUCCUAUUCUCUUAUGUUUUUUUCUUUUAUGGAUUAUGGUAUUAAAGUACUUCGAAAUAUGAAUUAAAACAGUUUCAUAAUGGUCUUUAGAAGUUCUUGGACAAUCAUACAAAAUAUUGAACUCAUGUUGGGGAGAUCUUACAAAAUCAAAGGAAGAAAAUUCAAUGA